AUUUCCCAUUGGCUCCUUCCAGAUUAUCGGGUCCCUCUUGAGAAUAUCAUUCAUGCUUUCCAAACUUUCCAGCCUUCUUCAAUGCUUCUAGAAAACCGUCUCCUCCUCAUAGAGUGUGGUUCUCCGCUUUUUUGAUAGCCUUUUCUUCCCAUCUUCUUAGUCUUGCUUUCUCUCGAUGAUAUUUGGAUAACGUCGCAGUAAUGGGUUGGACGUACAACGUCGUUGACCCUAAUGUUGCCACGAACGCGCCCACCGUUGCUGGAGUGGGCAUCACCUUCACGAUUCUGUCCUUUUCAAUAGUUUGUCUUCGUCUGUAUGUUCGGAAAUAUAUUGUAAAAGCUAUCAAUAUCGAUGACUGGCUUAUCGUUGUGACUUGGUUUUUCUCGUUCAUCUUUGUUUGCAUAACACUCGCUCAAACACGAUGGGGUCUUGGGCUGCGAAAUGUGGAAGACAUGCCACCUCAAGAUGUUUAUGAAUUUGGUUAUCUUCAGUAUAUCGGCGCACCUUUCUACAUAUGCGCCAUUUUGGGGUUCAAGCUCAGUAUAAUAUUCGCUUUUCUUCGAAUUGCUGUCGAUCGUACAUAUCGCAUUGGGAUUAUAUGUAUCUCGAUCACUUGUUCGGCAUUCUACUUUUGUUUCUUUGUGGCACAGCUCAAUUUCUGCUUUCCAGUCUCAAAAUCUUGGGAUCCGACAAUUACAACAGGAUCUUGUUUUUCAGCUGUGCUAUUCUAUACGGCAAUGGGGUCUCUUACAUUCAUUUUCGACAUCCUGACUAUGCUCACACCCAUCCCCAUCUUACUGCAUUCUUGCUUCUCGCCGUGUAAAAACUUCAUGAUCGCCUUCCUCUACCUCCUCGGAAUCUUCCUCUCCCUGAUUCAAAUCCUCCGCAUCACCUCCCUACGAUCUGCUCGCUCUUACCUCGACACCUCGACUGUUCUUACCUGGUCCCUCGUCGAAGUCAACCUCGGCAUAAUACUCUCGAGUCUGAUCCCACUCGCUCCUCUCCCAGUUCUUCAGUCUUUCCUUGAAAAGGGCUCGCCACAAUCACUAGCCCAGUCAUUGGCUUCUUUCGAUACGAGACGGACGAUUGAUAAAGUGAGAGAUGGGUUCAAGAAGAGAUUUGGGAGGGAAAGCGAGUUGAGGAAUAGAGUGGUGUUGUUCUUGGGGUAUGGGGAGCUGAGACCCGAUUUGGAGAGAGAACAGAGACCUGGGAGUAGGCUGGGAGCUAGUACGGAAGAAUUGAAUUUUCCAAUGGGGAUCUUGAAGACGACUGAAGUUAUCAUUAGUCGGGAAGGAAGUUCCUGGGGUGAACUAAAGGAAGAGGAUGUUUGAGUGUUAUUUGAGAAAGUAUGUAGGAUAUGAUUAUAAUUGUAUGAUAUCAAAAGUUCGACGGUCUCGAUUUCGGUUUUGGGAAGGAUCUCUUUGGAUAUUGGGAACGGUGUGGGAGUAUUGGGUAGUCUUGUG